AAAAGCAGCCCAAACACGCUUCUCCUUUCUCCUCCCCUACUCCGUCUUCGUUCCCCUUUCCCCCUCCGCAUCCCGUCUCCUCCCCACCGCGUCAAACCCCACGACGAAGCUACCGCCGCCGCCCCUCUCCUCCCCUCCCGGAUCCACCUCGCCCGCGCCCAAUCCGCGGCCUCCCCCGCCGAUCCCCCCUUCGAUCCGCCGGUGCCCGCCGCAAAGGCGGCUCCUUUGGGCCUCCCUCGAUGUACAGCAACUUCAAGGAGCAGGCGAUCGAGUACGUGAAGCAGGCUGUCCAGGAGGACAAUGCCGGCAACUACGUCAAGGCCUUCCCGCUCUACAUGAACGCGCUCGAGUACUUCAAGACGCACCUCAAGUACGAGAAGAACCCCAAGAUCAAGGAGGCCAUCACCGCCAAGUUCACCGAGUACCUCCGCCGCGCUGAGGAGAUCCGGGCGGUCCUCGAUGAGGGCGGCGCGGGGCCGGGGGCCAACGGCGGGGACGCGGCCGUCGCCACGCGGCCCAAGACCAAGGGCAAGGACGGGGACGCCGGCGGCGGCGGGGACGACUCCGAGCAGUCCAAGCUGAGGGCGGGGCUCAACUCCGCCAUCAUCACCGAGAAGCCCAACAUCAAGUGGAACGACGUCGCGGGCCUGGAGAGCGCCAAGCAGGCGCUGCAGGAGGCCGUCAUAUUGCCCGUCAAGUUCCCGCAGUUCUUCACAGGCAAGCGGAGGCCAUGGAGGGCUUUUCUUUUGUAUGGCCCCCCAGGAACAGGAAAGUCUUAUUUGGCUAAAGCUGUCGCAACUGAGGCUGAUUCUACGUUCUUCAGGCAAGAGAGCUUUUAGCUCAAAAACAAAAAACUAGGAAAGUUGUCCCUUGAAAGGUGUGUCCUAAGAUAGCAACUCUUACAUUCGUUUUGAGUGUACCUUUUAUGUGUAGCCUAGAGUACCUUCCAUGUAAUCCAUCAGCAUCCCAAAGUUCGAGAGAGCUUCACUUUUUGGUCAUCUGCUGCAUCUGGAGUUUCCUUCUGGUGUUUAGUAUUCUUCUCAGAGUAUUCAUUGUAUGAUAUGCUCAAAGGUCUACAGUUUGACAGGUGUAACAAUCUAUGGUUGUUUGAAAGGGAAAUUGUAAAAUCAGUUACAACUCUAUCACUUGUGGUUUCCUUGGUAUACUGUCAAUGCUUAUUUCAUGGUAGAAUUGGUUGUCUUGAUGUCCUGCUAACAUCGUUGUUUUGUUGGCCAUGUAUUCAUUUUGGGUAACAAUAUAUGGUUGUUUGAAAGGGAAAUUGUAAAAUUUGUUACAACUCUAUCAAGUGUGGUUUCCUUGUUAUACUGCCAAUGCUUAUUUCAUGGAAGAAUUGGUUGUCUUGAUGUCCUGUUAACAUUGUUGUUUUGUUGGCCAUGUAUCCAUUUUGGGUACUUUGAAAUAUGGCCAUCCAUAAUUUCAUAGCAUGUGCUAUCUGAAUAAGCUCUUACUGUUAGCUUGUCUUGACCUAGACGUGAUGGCUAUCUUUCUCGAUGGCACAUAGGACUCUAGCUCAGCCUUGAACAUUGUAGCCAAAAAUUUAGGUUAUCCCCUGCCCCCAGUUUAUCGGUGAUCAAUAUGUCAUGCAGCUUGAACAUUGAAGGCAUGUCGCUCAUCUUUUAAAUGUAAUGGUUUUCUGUUUAUCAGUUUAUCAUAAUGAUAUAGGUGGUCAUCAACUUCCUAGUUCGUAGUGGGUAGUUGUAGAUAUGACCUUGCAUGAGGAACAGACAUCUUUUAUAUUUAGCAUAGCCAAAAUCAUUCAUUAGUUUAUUGCCGGACCAAAAAAUAUUUUUACUCCCUCUUCGUAGUGGGUAGUUGUAGAUAUGACCUUGCAUGAGGAACAGACAUCUUUUAUAUUUAGCAUAGCCAAAAUCAUUCAUUAGUUUAUUGCCGGACCAAAAAAUAUUUUUACUCCCUCUACUUUUUUUUUGUAUAAGGUGUAUAUUGAUUUGACACAGCCACAGAGGUAUUAAGGAGGUUUGAGAAAAUGAUG